GCCACUGUGUGAAGGAGACAGCAGCGACUAGGCUGGGAAAGCUACAGGGAGGAGUAAAAAAAGAAACAGGAGAAGAAGAAGCCUGGCUGCAGUGAUUUGUGUUUAAUCAGUCUGGACUAUUGCUGUUCUGUCUUCCUCAUUCCACUAACUAACUGGAGUUUAUAUCUAUUUUUUACAUUUCUGCAACAACUGUCACUACUACUACUGUUGCUAUUCCUGAUUUAUUACUGGUUUCUGUAUCUGCCUGUGUGCAUGUGGAUCUGCUGACAACAUACAGCACAGCCCCGUACUGCUUUCUGGGACCAGAAUACAGAGGAAUUAAACAGAGCUUGGGGCUCAGGAAGGAAAGAAAGAAAGAAAGACAAAAGAAAGACGGCUGUAAAUGAAUUGAAUCCCCCCUUUUUUCUCUUCUCAUCCUUCUUGCCAUCACCUCCGUCUUCCUAACUAAAGUAAAAAUCUCAGAAAUCAAGGAAGUCCCGGUCGCCUCUUGAGUCAUUCUGCACUGUGAGGAACAGUGGUUUAAAAAGAAGAGCCUGGGUUACUAGACACUGCCAGCGAGGUCCCUGCGACGGAGAUAGAGAUUCCAGCUACAUGGGCAAACGUUUGGAACAGCAACCAAUGUACCCUCAGUACACAUACUAUUACCCUCACUAUCUACAGACCAAGCAGUCUUAUGCACCAGCUCCUUACCCCAUGGCUCCCCCCAGUCCCAGCACAAACAGCAGUAACAACAGCAGCUGCAACAGCACCGGAGAGCAGCUGAGCAAAACCAACCUGUACAUCCGAGGCCUUCCGCCCGGCACCACCGACCAGGACCUCAUCAAACUCUGCCAGCCAUAUGGAAAAAUAGUGUCAACAAAGGCCAUCCUAGACAAAAACACAAAUCAGUGCAAAGGUUAUGGCUUUGUAGAUUUCGACAGCCCGGCAGCAGCGCAGAAAGCAGUGACCUCUCUCAAAGCCAAUGGAGUGCAGGCGCAGAUGGCAAAGCAACAAGAACAGGACCCCACAAACCUGUACAUUUCCAAUCUCCCUGUUUCUAUGGAUGAGCAGGAGCUGGAGAACAUGCUCAAGCCUUUCGGUCACGUUAUUUCCACAAGGAUACUGAGGGACGCCAACGGAGUCAGCAGAGGGGUCGGGUUCGCCAGAAUGGAGUCCACUGAAAAAUGUGAAGUAGUAAUUCAACAUUUUAAUGGAAAAUACCUGAAAACACCACCAGGUGUACCAGCUCCCAACGAGCCUUUGCUGUGCAAAUUCGCAGAUGGAGGGCAAAAGAAACGACAAAAUCAAAGCAAAUACCCCCAAAAUGGAAGGUCGUGGCCCAGAGAAGGAGAGACUGGCAUGGCUUUAACAUAUGACCCUACAGCCGCUAUGCAGAACGGAUUUUAUUCGUCACCAUACAGUAUUGCAACAAAUCGAAUGAUUGCACAGACAUCAAUCACCCCGUUCAUUGCUGCUUCUCCGGUUUCAACAUAUCAGGUCCAGAGCACCUCAUGGAUGCCUCAUCAGUCCUAUGUUAUGCAACCAACAGGUGCUAUGAUAACCCCAGCAAUGGACCACACCAUGUCAAUGCCGCCAGCCAGUAUGAUGGGUCCUCUCACUCAACAAAUGAAUCAUCUCUCUUUGGGUACAACAGGAACAUACAUGACUGCUGCUGCCGCUGCAUCUAUGCAAGGGACAUACAUUCCCCAGUACACUCCUGUGCCUCCAAACACUGUCCCUGUUGAAGGAGUUGUUACCGAUGCCUCUCCACAGACAGUAGCACCUUCAUCACAGGACACCAGCGGACAGCAACAACAGAUACAGGUGGAAAGCACCAAUGAACAUGCACCUGCCUAUUCGUACCAACAGUCGAAAUAAUAACAGGACUGAAGAAUGUUCCUCUGAAAGCAUUGCCUUGAAACCAGGAAACUGCACUGAAGAAGAGGAAGAAGGCUUCCAGUUUGCACAGGCACCAAAAUAAAUACUUUUUCAUUUCCCGUCUUGCCCAGUGAAAAGUGUUGCAAAGUGCUGUGCAAAAAGGGAGUUCAGUUAUGUAGUAUGUCAGCUUUGUUUAACGUCAGCCAACAAGAGGCUUUGAAUUUUUCAUCGUGAAAUGUCUUGAAUUAAAAAAAAAAAAAAAAAACAACAUUUAUAUGUGCAGAUAGGUUUCGGCAAUGAUGAGAUUUCUGAAUUGAGAGAGGAAGUUUAAAAAAAAAAAAGGUUGUCUUCCUCAGAUAUUAAGCUACUGUUUCUUUUCUUUCUUUUUAUUUCUUGUGUUUAUUUGUAUUUUUUUUAGAAAAGUUUAGUUUUUUUCUUGAAUCUUUAUUGCCUUAAUUUUAAGGACUUCAGACAGAGUAAGCAGUUCAGUGUCUUGUUAGAAAAAAAAAAUGAAUGAAAGUCGCUUGGACCAAUUGAAUGGUGCAAGUUAUUAAUAGAUGUGAAGAGCUGGGAAAAGAAAAAAAACUAUUAAAUAAGCUGUACGGAUUUAAUAGACUUUUUUCUUCUUCUUUUGAAGAAAACUUUCUUGAUUUAUGAGCAGUGGAAACUGAAAACUUUUGGAAAAUGAGAAUGCUGAGACGUAUUUGAUUUCUGUCUGAUGAGAACAGGAGAAAAAGAAACUGAAGGCUAGGACUAUUUUAAAAAUGGAAACACUGCAUCAAUGGCAAUGCAGUUACUCUUUUGCAAAAUGCAGAUUUUUUUUUAAUUUUACACUGCGAAAACGCUAUUGACAGCUUUAGUGAUUUUUUUAUGAGCUUUAAGAAGUUUUUAGUCUGCUUUGCUUGUCACAUCGCAAAUAAAAUAAAUAAUAAUAGCAGUGCAAAACUACAUAGAUAGGCGCUUAUGGUUACUAGUGCAAAAGCAAUAGAUAGAAGAAAUUGUUGACAAUUUCUGUAGUCUUUCAUAGUUGUUGAUCAAAUGCAGCCUAUGGAUGGCCUAUUUUAUACCAAAGAUGAAGUGACACCCUAACGCAAUUGAGGAGAUUUUUCAGUUUUAUUUUUUUGUCGUUGUUGUUGUUUUUUUUUUUUUAAAUCUUUAUUUGACCUACAUGGCCGGACCAGUUCUUACUUUCGUUUCAUGGUUUAAACUUCCAUCCACUGAUGUCCAAUAACACACACACACACACACACACACACACACACACACACACACACACACACACACAAACUUUAUCACAAAAGAAAGAAAACAAUAAAUUACUAUCGAACACAUACCUCUGUCUCAUCGCUCCAUGGAGAAUCAACAGGUUUUUUUUUUUUUUCAUACAUCAAA